AUGCCGCCCCGAAGAAGAGGGCCACCGCCCGUUCAACAGACUGCUACAGUUACAGUUCCACCACCUAGAACUAGUGGAGUCACACUAUCGGUUCAUCCGAUAUGGCCUGAUAUUCAGUUCACCCAAGGGGAGCUUUUCUUCGAAUGCACUCUUUUCUUGUAUUCAGUCUUGGCGUUGUUUCUGCAGUAUCUUAAUAUAUACAAGACGCUUUGGUGGCUUCCUAAAUCAUAUUGGCAUUAUUCACUAAAAUUCCAUCUCAUCAACCCAUACUUCCUAUCGUGUGUAGGACUUUUGUUAGGCUGGAGAGUCACUGUAUGCUUUUGGAAAACGAUAACAGAAGUAAUUGCUGCGAUAUCUGCAAAUCAAUCGCAGUUUGUACAAUCGAGUCUGAUGAUUGUGGAAUAUGCUGCUAUAAAAACCCCAGUAAUGACAUUGAUCAUAACAAGCUUUCUGUUCAGUUUCAAUCGUGUGUGCCAUGAUUUCCCAAGCAGAUCAGUACUUUGGUUCCUAUUUCCAGUCUUCUUCUACGUUUUCAUAUUCCGUUCUGAGAUAAUCGGCUGGCUGCGUAAGUUCCGCGAACAAGUUGGAAAAUGGGGAAGAAAAGAGUCGGACUUCUCCACAAUUUGCGAACGAUUGACGGAAUCUCCACCUGCACAAAUUGACUUGGAUUCAGUUUUGCACAUGUGUAGUGAUAAUCCGGCACAGAUCCGUGAAGAGAUCCAAGUUCUUAUUGAUGAUCUGGUGCUUCGAGUCAAGAAAAGUAUUUUUGCUGGGGUGUCCACAGCUUUUCUGAGUAUUAUGCUGCCAUGUAUCUUUGUACCGUAUAAAACGAGCCAAGGAAUUCCACAAAAGAUUCUGAUCAACGAAUUCUGGGAAUGUCAGCUAGGUAUCGUUGUUGGUCUUACCGCGUUCUCCUUAUACGUAGCAUACCUUUCACCAUUGAAUUAUCUGGAUCUUCUUCAUCGAGCUGCCAUCCAUCUCGGAUCCUGGCGUCAAAUUGAGGGACCUAGAAUUGGGCACACGGGCAGUAUGAUUUCUGCUCCAACUCCAUGGAACGAGUUCUGUCUAUAUAACGAUGGAGAGACAGUCCAAAUGCCAGAUGGACGGUGCUACCGAGCGAAGGCUUCUCAUUUGAUUCGAACUGUGGCUGCUCACCCAGAGAGUUCCCGUCAUAACACUUUCUUUAGAGUACUACAAAGACCACAUUACUUGAUCAAUGCAAUGUGCACUUUCGAAUUCGUUCUGAUCUUUAUUCAAUUUUGGAUGUUAGUUCUGACUAACGACUGGCAGCAUAUUGUCACUUUCGUUCUCCUGAUGUUUGCAAAUUAUCUUCUUUUCGCAAAGCUUUUCAAGGACAAAAUAAUUCUUGGUAGAAUUUAUGAGCCAUCGCAAGAGGAUCUUCUUCUCAUGCAUCAACUUCAUCAAGAACGUUAA